AUGAUUGCAUCUAAAAAUGGACAUUAUGAGGUAUUAGAUUUACUUAUAAGGAAUGGGGCUAAUUUGAAACGGGUUACAAAAGAUGGAUGGAAUGCAUUAAUGAUUGCAGCCUUAAAUGGACAUGAUAAGAUAGUAGAACUACUUCUGCAAAGUGAUGUAGAUUUCGACAACACAGAUAAAGAAGGUAAUAAUGCUCUGAUGUAUGCAAUACAAAAUGGGAACUAUAAAAAUGUUGACUACCUUAUAAGAGUUGGAGUUGAUGUAAACCAACACAAUCACCACGGUUAUUGCCCUUUAAUAAUGGCAGUUGAAAACGGUUUUACAAAUAUAGUUAAGCUACUAAUAGAAAAUGAUGCAAAUGUAAUAUGUUUGGACAAUGAAGGUAAUAAUGCGUUAAUGUGUGCUACUAAAUUUGGACAUUUUCAAAUAGUAGAGCUAUUACUAAAAUGUGAAAUAAAUCUAAAUCAAAUAAAUAAAAAAAGAGAAAACGCUUUCCUAAUAGCUUGUAGAAAAUUACAUAUCAAUAUUGUAGAGUUACUGCUUAAAAACGACGUAAAUGUGAACUAUAAUGCUGAAAAUGGUUGGAAUCCGUUAUUUUUGUCAUGUGUUAAUGGACAUGACAAAAUUCUACAACUAUUGUUAGAACAUGGAGCAGACAUUGAUGAAAUUAACACAGAAGGAUGUGAAGCAGUACUGACUGCUUGUAAAAAAGGUCAUUAUAAAAUCAUUGAAUUACUUUUUAAAUAUGGUGGUAGCAUAAAUUUUGUUGACAAUGAAGGUAAUAACGCAUUGAUGCAUGCAACAAGAAAUGGACACAUUCGUAUCGUGGACUUACUAAUACAAAACGGAUGUGAUAUAAAUCAUUGCAAUAAAAAGGCAGAAAAUGCUUUACUAUUUGCUAUUGACAAUAUAGAAAUCGAAGCUUUAGAACUGCUGAUUAAAAAUGGCAUAAAUGUAAACUGUACUUCAAAAAAUGGAUUAAAACCAUUAUUAUGUGCCUGUAUUAAUGGACAACACGAAAUUUUAGAACUAUUAAUAAAAAAUGGAGCUGACAUUGAUGAUAUUAACACAAAAGGAUGUGAAGCAGUGAUGAUUGCUUGUAAAAACGGUCAUUACGACAUUAUUAGAUUACUUGUUGAAUAUGGCGCUUGUUUAAAUUUAGUUGAUGUUGACGGUAACAAUGCAUUGAUGCAUGCAACCAGAAAUAGACACAUUCGUAUCGUGAAAUUACUAAUCGAAAAGGGGUGUAAUAUAAAUCAUUGCAAUAACAAAGGAGAAAAUGCUUUAUUGUUCGCCAGUGCUGAAUUAGACAUUGAAGUUUUAGAGUUGCUGCUUAAAAAUGGUAUUAAUGUAAAUUGUACUUCAAAAACAGAAUUUAGCCCAUUAUUAUGUGCCUGUUUUAAUGGACAAGACGAAAUUUUAGAACUAUUAAUAAAAAAUGGAGCUGACAUGGAUCAAAUUAACACAAAAGGAUGUGAAGCAGUGAUGAUUGCUUGUAAAAGAGGUCAUUACGACAUUAUUAGAUUACUUGUUGAAUAUGGCGCUAGUUUAACUUUAGUUGAUGUUGACGGUAACAAUGGAUUGAUGCAUGCAACCAAAAAUAGACACAUUCGUAUCGUGCAAUUACUAAUCGAAAUGGGGUGUAAUAUAAAUCAUUGCAAUAAAAAAGGAGAAAAUGCUUUAUUGUUCGCCAGUGCUGAAUUAAACAUUGAAGUUUUAGAGUUGCUGCUUAAAAAUGGUAUAAAUGUAAACUGUACUUCAACUACAGGAUUUAGCCCAUUAUUGUGUGCCUGUUUUAAUGGACAAGACGAAAUUUUAGAACAAUUAAUAAAAAAUGGAGCUGACAUUGAUGACAUUAACACAAAAGGAUGUGAAGCAUUUAUGGCUGCUUGUAAAAACGGUCAUUACGACAUUAUUAGAUUACUUAUUGAACAUGGCGCUUGUGUAAGUUUUGUUGAUAUAGAUGGUAAUAAUGCUUUAAUGCAUGCAACCAAAAAUAGACAUUAUAUUAUUAUGGAAUUACUAAUCGAAAGUGGAUGUGAUAUAAAUCAUCGCAAUAAAAAUGGAGAAAAUGCUUUACUGUUCGCCAGUUCUGAAUUAGACAUUAAAGUUUUAGAGUUGCUGCUUAAAAAUGGUAUAAAUGUAAACUGUACUUCAAAAACAGGAUGUAGCCCAUUAUUAUGUGCAUGUGCUAGAGGACAGGACAAAAUUCUAGAAAUGUUAUUAAAAUAUGGAGCUAAUGUUAAAGAAAUUAACACUAAAGGAAGUGAAGCAAUAAUAACUGCUUGUAAAAACGGUCAAUACGACAUAUGUAGAUUACUAAUUGAACAUGGCGCUUGUGUAAGUUUUGUUGAUAUAGAUGGUAAUAAUGCUUUAAUGCAUGCAACCAAAAAUGGACAUUAUAUUAUUAUGGAAUUAUUAAUCGAAAGUGGAUGUGAUAUAAAUCAUCGCAAUAAAAAUGGAGAAAAUGCUUUACUGUUCGCCAGUGCUAAGUUAGAUAGCAAAGUUUUAAGGUUGCUAAUUGAAAAUGGCAUAAACGUAAACUGUAUUUCAAAAAAUAAAUUAAGCCCAUUAUUAAUUUCCUGUUUUAAUGGACAACACGAAAUUUUAGAACUAUUAAUAAAAAAUGGAGCUGACAUUGAUGAUAUUAACACAAAAGGAUGUGAAGCAGUGAUGAUUGCUUGUAAAAACGGUCAUUACGACAUUAUUAGAUUACUUGUUGAAUAUGGCGCUAGUUUAACUGUUGUUGAUGUUGACGGUAACAAUGCAUUGAUGCAUGCAACCAAAAAUAGACACAUUCGUAUCGUGCAAUUACUAAUCGAGAAGGGGUGUAAUAUAAAUCAUUGCAAUAAAAAAGGAGAAAAUGCUUUAUUGUUCGCCAGUGCUGAAUUAAACAUUGAAGUUUUAGAGUUGCUGCUUAAAAAUGGUAUAAAUGUAAACUGUACUUCAACUACAGGAUUUAGCCCAUUAUUGUGUGCCUGUUUUAAUGGACAAGACGAAAUUUUAGAACAAUUAAUAAAAAAUGGAGCUGAUAUUGAUGACAUUAACACAAAAGGAUGUGAAGCAUUUAUGGCUGCUUGUAAAAACGGUCAUUACGACAUUAUUAAAUUACUUAUUGAACAUGGCGCUUGUGUAAGUUUUGUUGAUAUAGAUGGUAAUAAUGCUUUAAUGCAUGCAACCAAAAAUAGACAUUAUAUUAUUAUGGAAUUACUAAUCGAAAGUGGAUGUGAUAUAAAUCAUCGCAAUAAAAAUGGAGAAAAUGCUUUACUGUUCGCCAGUUCUGAAUUAGACAUUAAAGUUUUAGAGUUGCUGCUUAAAAAUGGUAUAAAUGUAAACUGUACUUCAAAAACAGGAUGUAGCCCAUUAUUAUGUGCAUGUGCUAGAGGACAGGACAAAAUUCUAGAAAUGUUAUUAAAAUAUGGAGCUAAUGUUAAAGAAAUUAACACUAAAGGAAGUGAAGCAAUAAUAACUGCUUGUAAAAACGGUCAAUACGACAUAUGUAGAUUACUAAUUGAACAUGGCGCUUGUGUAAGUUUUGUUGAUAUAGAUGGUAAUAAUGCUUUAAUGCAUGCAACCAAAAAUGGACAUUAUAUUAUUAUGGAAUUAUUAAUCGAAAGUGGAUGUGAUAUAAAUCAUCGCAAUAAAAAUGGAGAAAAUGCUUUACUGUUCGCCAGUGCUAAGUUAGAUAGCAAAGUUUUAAGGUUGCUAAUUGAAAAUGGCAUAAACGUAAACUGUAUUUCAAAAAAUGAAUUAAGCCCAUUGUUAAUUUCCUGUUUUAAUGGACAACACGAAAUUUUAGAACUAUUAAUAAAAAAUGGAGCUAACAUUGAUGAUAUUAACACAAGAGGAUGUGAAGCAGUGAUGACUGCUUGUAUAAAAGGUCAUUACGACAUUAUUAGAUUACUUGUUGAAUAUGGCGCUAGUUUAACUGUUGUUGAUGUUGACGGUAACAAUGCAUUGAUGCAUGCAACCAAAAAUAGACACAUUCGUAUCGUGCAAUUACUAAUCGAAAUGGGGUGUAAUAUAAAUCAUUGCAAUAAAAAAGGAGAAAAUGCUUUACUGUUCGCCAGUGCUGAAAUAGACAUUGACGUUUUAGAGUUGCUGAUUAAAAAUGGCAUAAACGUAAACUGUGCUUCAAAAAAUGGAUUAAAACCAUUAUUAUGUGCCUGUAUUAAUGGACAACACGAAAUUUUAGAACUAUUAAUAAAAAAUGGAGCUGACAUUGAUGAUAUUAACACAAAAGGAUGUGAAGCAGUGAUGAUUGCUUGUAAAAAAGGUCAUUACGACAUUCUUAGAAUAAUUUUUGAAUUUGGUGCUAGUGUAACUUUGGUUGAUUUUGAAGGUAAUAAUACUUUAAUGCAUGCAAUCAGAAAUGGGCACACUCGUAUCGUGGAAUUACUAAUAAAAAGUGGAUGUAAUAUAAAUCAUUGCAAUAACAAAGGAGAAAAUGCUUUACUUUUUGCCGGUAAUGAAUUAGAUAUCGAAGUUUUAGAGUUGCUGCUUAAAAAUGGUAUAAAUGUAAAUUGUAUUUCAAAAAAUGAAUUAAGCCCAUUAAUAUGCGCCUGUAUUAAUGGACAACAUGGAAUUUUAGAACUAUUAAUAAAAAAUGGAGCUGACAUUGAUGAUAUUAACACAAGAGGAUGUGAAGCAGUGAUGACUGCUAGUAAAAAAGGUCAUUACGACAUUAUGAGAUUACUUGUUGAAUAUGGCGCUUGUUUAACUUUUGUUGACGAUGACGGCAAUAAUAUUUUAAUGCAUGCAACCAGAAAUGGGCACAUUCGUAUAGUGGAAUUGCUCUUACAAUGCGGAU